GAGUCAGGGGAGGGUCAUGUGAUGAUAAAUAUGGCUUCCUAAGCAGUUGCCUCUGGGGAAGGGACUCGGGAGACAAGCUUAAUAAAUGUGCCUUUGCAGACACACAGGGCUGGGCCAACAGGGGAGUGCCACUUCCAUCACGUUCCUUUUUUUUUUUUUUCUGUAGGAAAGGUAAUUAGGUUUCAUUUUAUCUUAUUAUUAUUUUUAAUGGAGGUACUGGGGAUUGAACCCGCACCUCAUGCUUGCGCACUUUACCGCCGGGAUAUGCCCUCCUCUACAAAUCACGUUGUUAAAGGCAGCUAACAUUCAUACACAAAAGGGUACUGACCCCACAGGGGUCAGAGAUAACCACCUAAUUAUCCCUGGUGAGACUCUGCCCUCAGCAGUGCCAUACUCUGAGCAGGAGCCUUUGCCAGGCGGGGACCCUCCUCCUACAGAAUCCGUGUGAACGCAACUUCUAGGGGCCAAGGUGGAUCUAGUCCCAGGAAAGUGGGAUGCUGAGGGCUCUCAGGUGAGUAUGACUCAGGUCCUGCUCCAGAGCUGGCCCUAGAGCACAGAUCAGAGCCUCACACCCCUCACGACCUGAGGGCCUCUUCCUCCUCCCAGGCAUGGUACCCUCUUGACCUUUGCUCCUUUGCAGUUUGUAUCACUUUGGGCCCCAGCAGCUGCAGAAAGAAAGGCUGGGGCACUGCUCGGGAGUGCCACUCACUGGCGGCAAGAAGCCAGGAGACUGGCAUUUCCAGCACCAGACAAAGAAAGGCCUGUUGAUCUUUGACCCCCACCUUCCAGGAGCCUUGGCCCUCCCUCCAUCCCUCCCACCUUUCUUCCCUGCUGGCCUUUCCCUCUGUUCUCGGUCUCCUCAUUCCCUGGCACCCUUGCUCUGACUGCCAGUUUCUCCCAGCUCCUUGCCCAGACCAAUCCUUCCAUGCUGUCUUCAAGCCCUGCUUCCUGCACGUCUCCCAACCCGGACAAGGAGAAUCCAAGUAAAAAUGUCCAGUGGGCUUCCUGGAGGAGAAGGAUAUCAUCCUCAGACUCAGAGUCAAAGUCCCACUCCGACCCCGCCAAAGCCUCCAGGUCCCGAAGAUCCAGCCGACUGACGGUGAAGUAUGACCGGGGGCAGCUCCAGCGCUGGCUGGAGAUGGAGCAGUGGGUAGACGCCCAGGUUCAGGAGCUCUUCCAGGAUCACCCAACUCCUUCUGAGACUUCUGAGCCUGAGAUUGACCUGGAGGCUCUCAUGGAACUAUCCACAGAGGAGCAGAAGACUCAGCUGGAGCCUUUUAUCUCUGAGCUGCUCAGUCAACUCAAGAAACUUCGGAGACUCAGUCGGCCUCAGAAAUAAGCCACCUUCAUCAGCCUCAGUACUGCCAGGUUGGCCCUGAACCUCUGGAUCCUGGGCUGAGAGGAAAACAGCUCCUUGGGACACUGACAAGGAAUAUGGAGAAUGAAGAGGGACAUUUGGACACCCCUGUGUAUGUGCAGUCACAGCUAGUUCCUGUCGGCUGGGCUUUCUGGAAGCCAGUCAUGGCUGUUGCCCAGUGCUUUCCUUGGCAGCCAAGUAGAUAAAACCUUCAGGAGCCCCAGCUGAAUGGAGUGUGGA